AUGGCGGCUGAGCAACAGCGAAAGGGUUGCCCUGUUGAAGAGUCUGUUAGUGGCCUCCUCCUCCAAGACGUUCCUCUGACCACCGGCUCUGGUGCAAUACUUUGUGACGUCUCAACUCCCUUUCAUCGCCCUUUCGUGCCCGCCUCGAUGCGUCGAGCUGCAUUUCAAUCUCUGCAUGGACCCUCACACCCUGGGAUCCGAGCCUCUCAAAAGCUCCUUGCGGAAAGGUUUGCCUGGCAUGAACAAGUACGUCAAAUCAUGAGCUCGGUCCUGUCUGACCUGCUAGCGCAACAAGGUGCAGCGUCACAACAAGUCACCACCAGGAACUUUUCCCAGACCCGUCGCAUGGUUCAGCCAUGUGCACGUGGAUGUCGUAGGCCCCUUGCCUCCAUCCAAUCGUUUCACCCACCAUCUUACCUGCGUCGAUCGAUUCCUUUGUCGAAUGUUCAGGCUGAAUCCAUCGUGAAAGCCUUCGCCAGUCGUUGUGUCGCCAUGUUCGUUGCCCCAUCCACGGUUACGAUUGAUCGUGAUGCCCAUUUUUAG